UGCUCGCCCCUAACGGGGGGAGUGGCGGCAGAUGGGGCGUGGGGAUAAAAUAAACAAGGACAAAAGCGUGGGAAAUUGGAAAUCAAACUUCUCAUUCGCAAUCGAUGCAGGUGGCGCAGCCACAAAACCUACCGCCAACCUUGUUUGCCUCACCGAUUUCGUCACUUAACACUUCCCAAAUCACCAACAACUACCAUAGUCGAUACUAAAGAAACAACUUCUCACUCUCAUUCACUUCAACCCCAAAAACAUCGAACAUCUUUGCCCUCUCUCUUUCUCUCAAAACCUCCAGAAUGGCAUUUUUAACAAGGUUGUCCAAGGCUUCUUCACUGGCCAGAGCCUGCCUAAGUCGCUGCAUGAGUAACCUGCCGGAGAACACCGUCUAUGGUGGCCCAAAGCCUCAAACCACCGACCAGAGAGUGACCCUUAACCAGCUGAAGCAAAAAUACAGGAAGGGUGAGCCUAUCACCGUUGUCACAGCCUAUGACUACCCAUCAGGGGUCCACCUCGACACCGCUGGCAUUGAUAUUUGCCUCGUUGGAGACUCUGCUUCUAUGGUGGUUCACGGCCAUGAUACCACUCUCCCUAUCUCACUUGAGGAAAUGCUCGUUCAUUGCCGGGCUGUUGCUCGCGGCGCCAAGCGGCCGCUACUCGUUGGUGACUUGCCUUUUGGGACCUAUGAGACCGACACCAGUCAGGCAGUUGAUACAGCGGUUAGGGUCUUAAAGGAAGGAGGGAUGGAUGCUAUCAAAUUGGAAGGAGGGUCCCCUGCGAGAAUCACUGCAGCAAAAGCUAUUGUUGAAGCCGGAAUCGCCGUCAUAGGACAUGUGGGACUUACUCCUCAGGCAAUCAGUGUGCUUGGGGGAUUCAGGCCACAGGGCAGAAAUGUUUCUAGUGCCGUCAAGGUUGUAGAGACUGCAAUGGCUUUGCAGGAAGCUGGAUGCUUUUCGGUUGUUGUGGAAUGUGUUCCGGCACCUGUUGCUGCUGCAGUCACAUCUGCUCUCCAAAUUCCCACAAUUGGGAUUGGAGCUGGUCCUUUUUGCAGUGGACAGGUUCUAGUUUACCAUGAUCUACUUGGAAUGCUGCAACACCCGCAUCACGCAAAGGUUACUCCAAAGUUCUGUAAGCAGUUUGCUCGAGUAGGAGAUGUCAUCAAUAAAGCUCUUCUGGAAUACAAGGAAGAAGUAACAAAUGGUUCGUUCCCCGGUCCUUCUCACAGCCCAUACAAAAUGAAUGCUGAAGACGUGAAUGGUUUCUUUAAGGAGUUAGAGAAAUUGGGUUUGGACAAGGCAGCGUCUGCGGCAACCGAAGCUGCUGAGAAGAAGAACGCAGCGCAACAACCAGGUGCCACUAAGUCCCAAAGCGACUAAAAUAGGGCCAGAUGUCUUGAGCUUUUACCUUGAUCAAAUUUCCUAAGAAUCAAAUAAUGCCAUUCCUUUCGGCAUUUCAUUUUUCAUGGCUGAGAAAUGGGUUUUAUAUGAACUGAAUUUCUCCUGGAACAAUAAUCCGAUUGCAGUUCUUUUUUGAAAUUUAAUGGAAAAGCAGAAAGUAGCAUCCAUGAAAAGGUGUUUGAUGUGUGGCUAAAUCCUCUAAUCAUUACUGGAGAAAAGAGAAUUACGGCGAUAAUAAGGCUUAAUAAGGCUUCAUCCUUAUGAUGGUAAAUCAACCAUUGUCUUACAGAGCACUCUCAACAAAAUGAAGUUCAUAAACUAAAGCCUUUAGAAUUACUUGUGAAAUAACUGUGAUCUUAAACCCAAAGUUUAACGAAAUUGGAUCAUGUAGUCACCUUUGAAAGAUAGAUUCAAUAGGUCUAGAAUUCGAAUCUCAGCAUCUACUAUCAUU